GUGACUUUUACUUUGAAGUUUCGGCAGCCAUUUUGGAGGAGAGUGCUAGGCACGGUUGUUUUUUAAUGUUUUGCCCAAAUGAAACGUCAUUUUUGACUGAUUAUCUAUAAUAAACGUAUGAUAGCUAAUUUAAAUUUGGGAGCUAUGUCAAGUCGAUGUUAAAUGUUGUUCAAAAUUAUUGAAAAUAAUGGAGAAAGUACGAAGAAUUUUGGUGCAUUUAUCUAAACAUAGUGCAGCUCCACAACCUGCCCAGUUUAUUCAGAGCGUUACUGGCCAUUUUAUUGGACAUCUGGACGACCAAACAACCGUGAAUUGUUCCUUGGAAAACAACCGAUUUGUUUUGUGUGAGGGAAGCGAGGAGAAGGGCGUGGCUCUUAAGAGGGCGCGGUUCUGCCCAAUCAAAUUGCUCUCUGCUUCAGAGGCGGCGUCGAUUCCUCUAGACACUCUGCGGAGAGGUGUGGAUGUGGGCGUGGCUAUACUUCUCCAGUCAGCCAAUCAGAGGCUGUUGCUGACCAGGCGCGCUCAUGCCCUGAGGAUUUUCCCUAAUGUUUGGGUCCCACCUGGUGGCCAUGUGGAACUGGAUGAAAAGCUGCUGGAUGCAGGCCUGCGGGAGCUGAGGGAGGAAACCGGACUCAAAUUAGACGCUGAGGAUAUCUCCUCCUCUCAGCUGCUAGGCCUCUGGGAGUCUGUAUACCCACCCAUGCUGUCUCGAGGACUGCCCCAGAGACAUCACAUUGUCACGUACGUGCUGCUUUGCAGUAACCAGACACACCUGCAGCUACAGUCCUGUAUGAAACCAGAGCCUGCUGAAGUGAGUGCUUGUGUGUGGGUUGAUGUACGACUGGUCAGGGCUAUCGUAUCUGCCGUGGAUGGGGAGGAAAAUUCUUUUCAUUUACCUGCUGAUCUUCCUCAAUCUAUAAGUGUUACUGAGGUAUCCCCUGAUGGAGAGCUAAUUGAGUCCACACUGCCUGUGUCAGUGUUCUGUAACCGGGCUCCAGCCGAAGGUGAGGAUGUGGAGCGGGUCAGCACCGGAACCAAGUAUGCCUUAGAGCUGUGGCUGAAUACUCUGGGUGCUAGCUGUGAAAAGGGCUAACUGCAGCAGAUGUGUCGUCACUCUCAGGCCUGAUCUGUGGAAGCCAAAUAAGCACCUGAUAUUUGCCUUCAUAAUCUACAUACGUUGUUUACUUUAAGUGCCAUCAAAAGAAGAUGAUGCUCAGAUCUUGUGUCUGAUAAGCUCUGAUAAUGUCUCUGCUCAUUUUUCUUAAACAUUUUUUUCUGAAAGAUUUUCUUAGACAUGUUAAUUAAUCUAACAUGAAACGUUUGACAACCACAAGGGGGCAGUAAAGAUGCUUACUACUGAAACAAACGUUCAAUAUACUAGUUUCUUGAAAUGUGAAGUUUUUCCUUACAUUGUAGUAUUGUUAAUUCAGUGUGUUGAUUUAGUAAUUCAUUAUUAUGUUCAAAUAGUACUGAUUUCUUGUUUUUUUUUUCAGUGCAUUAUACACAAAUGAUCUUAAACUCAUUCCACAGCACUAGGAACUUUGCAAGGCCUGUGGAUACAACAGGAUCAAGACUUAGAGCAUGUCACACAGUCAGUGUUACAAAGGCCAUGCUGAUUAGUUGAACUGUUGUGCUUUUGUUUCUUGUAAAACAAUAAAAGGCCAUGCUGAUC